AUGGCCGAAACCUGCAGGGAAGGCCAUGAAGUCCCUACAUUAAAUUCAAAAAAAGAGGAAAAAUACAGCUGUUCCUCUGGCUUUGGGAACCACCUUGCCAGGCACCUGGAUGCCCGGGGUGUCAGGGUGUUGGCAACUUGUACCACACAGAAGGGGGCAGAGCAGCUGGAGAAGGUCACCUCAGAGCGCUUGACAACCACCGUUCUGGAUGUCUCCAGUACAGAGAGCGUUGCGGCAGCAACGGAGUGGGUGAAAGAGCAAGUGGGGAACAAAGGGCUCUGGGGCUUGGUGAACAAUGCGGGAAUCGGUGUCCCAUCAGGUCCCAAUGAAUGGCUGACCAAAGAUGACUUUGCAAAGGUGAUCAAUGUCAACCUGCUAGGGUUGAUUGACGUGACACUACACAUGCUGCCCCUGGUGAGAAGAGCCAGAGGGAGGGUGGUCAACAUCUCCAGUGUUCAUGGACGAGUGGCAACCUUUGGAGGCGGUUAUGUCCCGUCAAAGUUUGGUGCGGAAGCCUUCUCUGACACCCUGAGAAGAGAGCUCCAUCCUUUUGGAAUCAAGGUGAGCAUUGUUGAACCAGGUGCUUUCAAGACAGCCGUGUUGUCAAAAUCAGCUGAGUCCUACGAACUUUUAUGGAGCCGGUUACCUCCUGACCUCAAGGAAUGCUAUGGGAAGCAGUUCUUUGAGCAAUGUUGCAAAAUAGCCAAAAAUCUCUCUAUGACUGCCAGCGACAACCUUCACCUGGUCACCAACUGCAUAGAACACGCCCUAACAUCCUGCUCCCCUCGCACUCGCUACUCUGCAGGCUGGGAUGCAAAACUCUUCUACCUUCCUCUCUCUUACUUGCCAACCUCCAUUACUGACUUCAUAAUGAUCUGCAUUUGGCCUAAACCAGCUCAAGCAGUAUAGGGUUGUUGUUGUUUUAAAACAGUGGCUAUAGAA